AUGGAUCGACUUAUACAAGAAAUGGAAGAAACUAAAAAAAUUAAAUCAACACCUGUAAGCAACGUGACCGCGAAGAUAUUGAAAGCGGCAGCAAAUGACCGAGGAUCUUCUUGGUACAUCUAUAAAGCCCAACGCCGUUGCCUACAGUCAUACAUUCAAGUCAGCAAAGCAAGCCUCAAAGACAAAACUGCGACAAAACUGUUAAAAAUGUUUAUGUCAAAAAAUAGUUCUAGAACAGAAGAGUGGAAUCCAAAAUCCUGGAGUUGUAAGGAAAAAAAUAUCAGCGACGAGAUCGUAAACGGGAUUAUGGUGCGCCAAAAUGCUGAAAUUGUGGAACAAAAGGACAUCUACGACGAGAUUGCAAACACCGCUCUAGAAACAAUUACUGCCGUCAUCGUGCAGCAACAUGGAACAAACAAUAAGAGGGUGACAACGCAUCACGACGGACUGCCUCAAACAAGGAGGCGGGAAACUAUUUGA